CAGGUACGCUGCAGCCUGCAGUUGGACUUGCAUUGAGGUGCAUCCAAGGACAACUCUAUCAACAAGGAAACUAGCACCCAUAAAAACACACAACCUGGAGUAACUAUGUCGACAAUACACCUGGGUCUUUUGCUGGUGCUGUGUUUAGGAGUCGACUUUCUGAAAAGUUCAUCUUCAGGAAUUUUGAAGCGGCAAAAAAGAAGGUGGAUCAUCGAUUCCUAUAAAAUCGAUGAAGGCUACAAAGGGAUGUUUCCAUACGAGCUGGGAAAAAUCAAAAUUGACAAGGACUUGAUCUAUUUCGAGAUAAACGGUCCAGGCGUUGAUGAAGAACCCUUGGACGUGUUGACGAUCAACGAAAACACAGGCGUGAUAACAGUCCACGGCCCCGUCGACUUUGAGCGGUUCCCAGUUUUAAUGGUGGAGUUAAAAGCUUUUGACAGAAAAAGCCACCUCAUAGACACGCAGCUGGGCGUUGAGAUUCAGAUUAUCGACGCCAAUGACAACCCUCCUAUGUUUGACCGCAACCGGUACGAGAUCAGCACAAAGGAGGCCACGUUGCAAGGCACAGAACUGGUCACCCUCAGGGUAACUGACAAGGACAAAAGUGAGGCGUAUCGGUCAUUUGAUUUAAAAAUAGUCUCAGUCCAUCCUGAACCAUCUGAUCUGGAGUUCUACAUAAUUAGGAGGCGUCAAAAUGGAAUAAUUUCAUUUAAAGGGUGUCUGGACCAUGAGAAAGCGGAGAAAUACACCAUUAUAGUUGAGGCCAGAGGGCAAGGAGAGGGACCGCAGCUCUCCAGCUCUUCCACCGUCGUAAUCCAUGUAGAAGAUGGAAAUAACCAUCUCCCUGUGAUGACUGGACAAACAGGUCUAGAUAGGGUGAGAGAAGGAGAAGAAAAUGUUCUCAUUAAACGUCUGCAAGUUAGAGACUCCGACACCCGAGGCACGCAGGCCUGGAGAGCCAAGUACCGGAUUCAAGGAGACGCAAACAACCACUUCAGAAUCUCUACCGAUCCCGAAACAAACGAAGGGCUUCUGUUUGUGGAAAAGCCCCUGGACUACGAAGACGGUGGUGUGAAGAACUUGACCAUCAGCGUGGAGAACGAGAUCCCCUAUGCCACGUGCAAGGUGGUCGGGCGCAGCACCACCGGCCUCUGGAGGGUGACCACAGGGGACCUCGCGCCGGAGACCCUCGGUGCAUCCGUUGGCCUCGUGACAGUGAUCGUGGAGGACGUCAACGAGCCGCCAGCUUUCAAACCGCCUCAAAAAGAAGUGGCGUUGGUCGAGAACGCCGAAGCCGGGAAGCACCUGGAGACCUUCACAGCCGUGGACCCUGACGUCGCCAGUGGCAGCACAAUUGUUUACAAAAAGGGAGACGACCCGGCUGAUUGGGUCAUAGUGGACCCCGAGACUGGGAAAAUCACCACUACCAAGGUCAUUGACCGCGAGUCGGCCUUUGUGAAAGACAGUGUGUACACUGUCACACUGUAUGCUAUCGACAAUGGUCAGCCUCCAAUGACGGGCACCGCGACCCUGAUCAUCCAAGUUGUGGACGAAAACGACAACGCCCCGUCCUUGGCUGUGAGCGCCAUGGACAUGUGCCAGUCGGAGGGACGCUCACGGGCCAACAUCACAGGUUUGGACCCGGACGCAACGCCCUACGGUGGACCGUUCACCUUCCAGCUGAAGGGGACAGAGGCGGCCGGGUGGAAGCUCGACGCCACGCAAGGGUACUCGGUCAACCUGGUGAAGGAGCCCACGGUUCCUUCGGGAGAAUACGAGUUGCUGCUGGACGUGUUCGACCUUCAGGGUGUGAAGGCUUCACACAACGUGUCGGUUACCGUGUGCACCUGCGAGGACGCAACGAGCCCCAACUGUCACCAGCGCCCAGCCGCCACCGUUUCAGUUGGAGUGGGGGCCCUUGCGGUGGUCUUUUUCGGAAUAGUGCUGCUUGCAGGUGUGCUGCUUUUGGCUUUGCUGGUGUCAUGUGAGAAAAAGAGCUUUCUUUUCCCGGAUGACACAGCAGAACAAAUUCUGAUGCGGAGUAACACUGAGAAACCGGGGUCCGACUGCACGGUUGCAUGGCCAAAUUUGGGCAAAAUCCAGCAAGACCCUCCAAAUGCGGGGAUGUGGGAAGAAAUACACCAAAACGGCUCUUCAACAAAGCAGCAUUACGAUUGGAAUUACCAGACUUCGGGCGGAUGCAAAGGAUAUUCUGCAGAUCAGGAUUAUAUCCAGAUCAACAACCUAGUGCUGAGUGGAAAACUAAAUCAGGGAAGCGAGGCAUCAUCAUCCAUGAACAACAAUCUGCACAGAAACCCAGAUAUCCGUUGGAAUUACCAGACUUGGGGCGGAGGCAAAGGAUAUUCUGCAGAUCAGGAUUUUGUUGGGAUCAACAACAUAGUGCUGAGUGUAAAACUAAAGCAGAGGCUCUCCGCCCUCCAGGAACCAGGAGAGGAGCUGGGUGAUUACGCUCCUCGCGUCUACGCCGAGGAGGGAAGCGACGCAGGCACCCACUCCCAGCUCGACGCCAUCUCCAUCUGUGACACUUCACCCGGGCCGGACUUGGACGUGGACCUGGACUCCAAGUUCAAUGACCUGGCCUCAAUCUGCUUGAAGAGAUGCAACCUCCUUCCCAACCACGCGUGACUGACCCC